UACUUUAAAAUAGAGAAAAACACAAUAUAUAAGGUAGCUCUCUCCAUUAAUUUUAAGCAUUAGAAAGUAAAGAAUUCAAUAAACAUUUGUUACCCUUAUUUCUUUAAUAUUAGAAUAAUUUCAAAUGGAAUUUCGGGGAGUAAUCUUUAUUGGUUUUCUUAUUUUUCAACUUGGAGUUAAAUCCAAUGCCUUCCCAAUGAAUGAUUUGAUAAGCAAAUUGCCAGGACAACCAGAUGUUAAUUUUAGGCAAUUUGCUGGAUAUAUUGAUGUGGAUGAAAAUGUCGUUGGUCGAAGUCUUUUUUACUAUUUUGUUGAAGCUGAAAAAAGUCCCCUAACUCAACCCCUCACUGUCUGGUUAACUGGAGGACCAGGGUGUUCUUCCGUUGGAGAUGCCUUUGGAAGUGUUGGACCUUUUAUUGUUACGAAAGAUGCUCAUGGUCUCCAAACAAAUUUAUUUUCUUGGAACAAAGUAUCAAAUCUAUUGUUUAUCGACUCCCCUAUUGGAUCUGGAUGGUCAUAUUCAAACACAAGUAGCGAUUAUAAUAACGGAGAUGAUAUCACUAAUAAAAUAUUGCUUACAUUUAUGCAAAAAUGGUAUGAAAAAUAUCCGGUCUUCAAGUCGAAAGAUCUAUAUCUAGCUGGGUCAAGUUUUGCAGGGCAUUUUGUACCAAAUCUUGCUAAUGCUUUACUCGACGACAACAAGCAAUCCAAGCAAUCCAAAUUUAACCUCAAAGGAUUGGUUGUAAGUAAAAUUGUAUCAAAUUAA